UGGCGACAGAUUUGAUUCACGUUCUCAGGUUUAUGCAUUUCAAGCUGGGUAGAAUUCAGCUGGUUUUGGGUAAAAUGAGGGGAAAAGGGUGGUGGUCACUCCUCCGGUCACCUGCCUGCUCUUCACUCAUCCCUCACGAGGACAACGCCACCGUCACGACAACGGAGACGGGAUUUGAGUCAGAACUUCGGAAAACAUCACGAGACGAGCGGUGACGGAAGAGUUUCCAGCAGCUCCGUGAAAAAAAAACAGGACAGAAAAAGGUCAGGUGUGGCUAAAAAUAAACGAAUUCCCCAAAUCCCACAUCCCAUCCUGCCCCUAAUGGACCUCGUGAGGUGUUGGGCUGGAGGAUGUUGGAGCAUCCCAAAAACCUGCCCCGUGACCGGGUGAUUACUGAAGAGCCGGCCCGGAAUCCACUCAUUUCCCAAAUUCCUCCCUGGCGUCUGCGGGGCCACGUGAAUUCCCGAGCUCCAGGUCCGGCUCCAGCCACGGAAAUAGGCGUUUUCCAUUAAAAAUAAUUAGGCAAAUCACCCCUGGCGGGGCAGAGGCGGAGCGAGGCCGUGGGGAGCUCUGGGGUGCCUGGGGCUCCCCGGCUCCGGAGGCCCGGGAACACACCAGGCACAUCCCGGGAUUACUCGGCCACGUCUGCGCUGCUGAUCCCGGCCCAGGUCUCUGUGGCAGAGAGAUGAAUUCCCAGUGCCCGCCCUGUUCCUGCCUGGAAGAGGCCGCCCAGAGCAAUCCCUGCUCUCCCUGUGCCGUGGAGCAGAAUUCCCAGGCGGAUCCCUGCCCAUGCCAGGAUGUUUGUCCCUCCUGUCUCUGUGACCCUCCUCAGAUCCCGCUCGGGGUCACCUCCCCGUCCCUCCCCACAGACUCUGGGACUUGCGCGGAAGCCGAUCCCGUGAAAACCCUGAGCUCGGGAGAGGAACCCUUCACCAUCGAGACCCCCGGGAUGUGCGUGAUGACGUUCCCGCUCCAGAAAUCCAUCCUGACCGUGGAGCUGUGCUCCAUGGACACCCCGGAGACCUUCCCGCUGUGCCAGGAGGAGCGUUGUGUCACCGAAACAGCCGGGACCUGCCUGGAAAACCUGGAAAAGCUCUCCCAGGAGCUCCCCGUCGCAGCUCUGGAGCCCUGCACCCUCGAGGUGCUGGAGUUGGGCGCGGAGGAGCCCUGCCAGGCUCAGGGAGCGAUCCUGGGGGAUCCCUGCGCAUCCCAAAGCGGGAUUUCCAGGGAUCCAUGUGCAUCCACGGGGCCGUGCCAGUCCCAGGGACUUGAGGACGCCGGAGAUCCCAAGGACAGCAGAUCCCAAACGUCCCCACGGACCCCGUUCCGCCUCAACUCCUGCACUUCCAGCAUCGUGGAGCGCUGCCUUUCCCGCUGCCAGAGCUGGUUCCGGGGCAAGAAAUAGGAUUGGGAUCGGUGGGAAAAAGGAAAGGGGGUCCCGGCCCUGCUCGGGUGAGUCUCAGCUUCCCACAAAAGUUACAAAAGAGAGGAAAUUGCUUCAUGUGAAAUAAAAAAAACCCCAAAAAGCUGCUUUUCAAUCAAUCAUCUCUUAAUUACUCUCUCAUUUUCAUUGCCUAACGAGAAGUGCAAUAAAUAAUGGGAAAAGAUUCCCGGUGGGAAUUGCA